AUGUCGAGCCCGGCUAGACCCGAGUCGGAGGAUAGAGCUGGUAAUGCACCUCUCCUCCCGCAGGCUGACGACGGCCACCCCCAGGAAGACACCCGGCCUACUAGCAGAAAGGAACUGGCUGGCUGGUACUGCUAUGGCUGGGCCGCUGAGGUCUUCGUGGUGUGUGCUAUGGGCUCCUUUCUUCCGCUCGCCCUCGAACAGAUGACCCGAGACCAGGGAGUGCUGGUCUCUGAUAAGACUACGCCCUGCACCUCAGCCUGGAAGCACAGCAAUGCCACUGCCGGAUCCGCGAGAGCCGUUUUGCCGCUUAGGGCGGUACCUCCAAGCAACCAGUGCCUUGUUUACGUCCUUGGGUUCGAGGUCAAUACCGCCAGCUUUGCCAUGUAUACAUUCUCAGCCAGUGUUCUGAUCCAGUCACUCAUCAUUAUAUCCAUCUCAGCCGCUGCAGACCAUGGCGCCUACCGCAAGACCUUCCUGCUCAUCUUCGCCAUUGUAGGCUCAAUUGCCAUGAUGCUCUUUCUCCCACUUUCUUCGCAUCUAUACAUGCUAGCCGCCUUUCUAGCCAUUGUUGCGAACACAGGGUUUGGCGGAUCUUUUGUACUGCUAAACUCCUUCUUACCUCUACUUGUCCGCAACCAUCCUUCUAUCCGAGCUUACAAGGAAAACGCACCCAUCUACUCUGAUUCAAACCCGGAAACCAAUGGAGAUAUGUCGUAUCCAGAACGUGAGGCUACUGCGGAAAGAACUUCCGCAGCCCCAUUGGUAUCCGCAGCCUUGGAGCUGUCAUCCAAGAUAUCGUCUAACGGAAUUGGCAUCGGAUAUACCGCCGCAGUUCUCGUUCAGAUAUGCUGCAUUCUUCUCGUGCUUGCCACAAACUCCACCACCUUUUCCCUUCAACUUGUUCUAUUUCUAAUAGGACUCUGGUGGUUUGUCUUUACUAUUCCUGCAGGCCUAUGGCUGCGACCGAGACCUGGCCCUCCGCUCCCAGAACAUGUAACAAACAAGGGUAGCAGCUGGCCCUGGGUUGACUACGUCUUAUUUGCAUGGAAGUCUCUUGGCAGGACAGCUAUGCGGGCUCGUCGAUUAAAGGACGUCGUUCUAUUCUUGGCUGCUUGGUUCCUAUUGUCUGAUGGAAUUGCAACGGUCAGCGGCACGGCAGUCUUGUUCGCGAAGACUCAGCUUAAAAUGGAGCUGGCUGCCUUAGGCAUGAUUAAUGUCAUUACAAUGAUUUCAGGUGUCUGCGGUGCGUUCUAUUGGAGCUAUGUCUCUCGACUUCUAGGCUUACGCCCUUCUCAAACAAUCAUUGCCUGUAUCUGUAUAUUUGAGAUCAUACCACUCUACGGCCUCUUGGGCUUUUUCCCGCCUAUCCGGAAGCUGGGGGUCCUCGGCCUCCAGCAACCGUGGGAAAUGUAUCCGCUCGGCGCCAUCUACGGGCUCGUCAUCGGCGGCCUCUCCUCCUACUGCCGUAGUUUCUUCGGGGAGCUUAUCCCACAUGGGUUUGAAGCUUCCUUCUACGCUCUUUACGCCAUCACGGAUAAAGGCUCAAGCUUCUUCGGCCCUGCUAUCGUCGGUGCUAUCACCGAUCGUUACGGAGAAAUUCGCCCAGCAUUCUUCUUCCUGGCCCUUCUUAUCAUCAUCCCAUUGCCCUUGAUGAUGCUCGUCGAUGCGGAGAGGGGCAAACGUGACGCUGAUUUGCUUGUUAAGGAGUUGGAAGGAUCCCCUGAUAUCGAUGCCAACCAGGGGCAGGCGUACGGGGCUGCAGUGGAAAGGGGAUAA